AUGGAAAGCCUUCAGCUAUCCCAGGUGCUCGCCGACCUGAGCAACCUCGGCGCCGCUGUUCGUAACCCCCUGCCCCCCUCGCAUUCUUCGUCCCGGAAUUUCGUCCCUGACCUUGGCUUUCUGGCAGGAACCCGAGGCUGCUGCUGCCAUCGUCAGCGCCAAUAUCCCCUCGGUCAAACCCGACGUACCCGCCACAUCCUACCACCCUCAUGCCCAGCAAGCGCCGCGCCCCGUUGCCAUGAAACGCGCCUGGUCGUCCGACGUGCCGCCCAGGUUCGACAAGCUCGGUCGCCGCAUCCUCAUCAGCUCGUCCAACUCGCGGCCCGGGUCGGCGACGAGUUCGAUCCCCGGCACCCCGCGUCAAUCCGACGUACGUUCGCUUCCGCCCUCCCCCAAGAGACUGGCUACCAGGCUAACCGGCCACCUCUGCAGACGGACGAUGACCUCGAGCGCGCAUCGACGCUCAUGACCCUCUACGACAUCCGCGCCAAGAUCAAGCAGCAGGACAACAGCAGCCUGAUGAAGGCCCGCGAGAAGAUCAACGCCCUGGCCGCCAAGCAGCAGGCUCAGCAGGCGGCCGAGCGCAACUUCAAGACGGCCGAGGAGCUCCGACGAAAUCGGUACUCGUUCCCCAAGUCCGGUCUUUAA